GCUUCAAUUUUAUUUGUGUGGUUUUUCUGAUACACAUUAAAACGUCAUCACUUCGUGAUUCAGUUGUGUCUUUAAUCUUUCGCUGUACGGACACGGUGGCCAUUUCAGUGAAGCAGUGUAUCAAUAUGGUUGGCCGUGUGCUAGUCUAUGGUGGCAAAGGCGCUUUGGGCGCUGCCUGUGUUUCACACUUUAAAUCAAAUAACUACUGGGUGGGAAGUAUUGAUCUUAAUGUUAACGAAGACGCGGACGCCAGUAUCGUAUUACCCCGUGAUCUAGGUUGGGAGGAGCAGGAAGCUGAAGUUCUAACAAAAGUUGGUGACGCGUUGAAUGGACAGAAAUUGGAUGCUGUAAUUUGCGUGGCCGGUGGCUGGGCGGGUGGUAAUGCCGCCAAAGAUUUGGCUAAAAAUGCAAACUUAAUGUGGCGACAAAGUGUAUGGACGUCUAGUAUAUCGGCAACGGUUGCUUCCAAGUACCUGAAGGAUGGAGGUUUACUCACAUUGACUGGAGCUCAACCAGCGUUGCAAGGCACACCUGGCAUGAUUGGCUAUGGUAUGGCCAAAGCAGCCGUGCAUCAGUUAACUCGUUCAUUAGCUGGUAAAAACUCUGGACUACCCACUGAUUC